CCCCCACCCACCAUUUCUUCCUAGUUUCUUCCAACCUCGACCAGAUAGAAACUGCUUUGUGUUUCUCUCUCUCUCUCUCUGCUUUUGCUCCUGGGAGGCUGUGUUUUUUCUGUUGGUGAUCUUUAGAUAAGUUGAGAAAACAAUGGCGGCGGAUGGACCAAGCUGGGCUGAUCAGUGGGGGGCAGGUGGAAUUGGGGCUAUGGAGGAAGAAGAAAAGAAAGAAACAGAGAUUAAUAAGAAGGGUGCCGGAGGACUGGGAAAAGCUAAGGCGGCUGCGGUGGCUGGAGCUCAAAAGAUGAAGAUGGGGACAUCUUUGAGCUUCAAGUGGAUCAAGAAUCAGGUUCAAAAGAAGAAGAAAACAUCUUCCACCGCCACUGCUACUACUGCCACCGGUGAAGAUUAUUAGGAGUUUUUUAGUUAAAGCAUGUAUAAUAAUAGUGUUGUUAAAUAAUGUGGUUUCUUUUUUGGGUUUGAUUCAUUUUUCUUCUUCUUCUUAUCUUUUCCUUGUUUUAGAUUGUAAUAUUGGGUGAUUUGCUUGUGAACAUAUUUUGUAUAGAUAAUCAUUUGAAUU